AUGAUAGACCUGGCGAUCGGAACACCAGAGGUGGGUGUUGUGGAUUUCGGCAUGCUGCAAACCAUUCUACAUUGUUUGGCUCAGCAAUUGAAAGUGUUGGGUAAAAAUGUCGAGUUAAGAGGCAGCGUGGCCCUGCUGCCAGUAGGACGGGAGAAUGUUCACACCAUUUCUAUUAGCGAAUACCCUGUGGAGGCAGAUGACAAGGUACCUAAAGAGAAGACAGAUCUUAGCCGUACAUCGAGUGUGACGGAUACAAUAUUGGUUGUUGUGACCCAAACUAGUCCCACUCGAGGUCCGUCUCCUACCUUGCCAGCCGCCCAGGAUGUUACUGCUGAAAAGCUUUCCCUCGUGACUACCAGCAAGUUCAAUAUACUUGAGAAUACUGUGAACGACCUAAAGGAUCGUGUGUAUGGAAGCAUGCCUAAAAAUGAGGAUAUAUUGGAGGAAGUUAGAUCCCAAACAAAUCUCAAAGCCAUCACAGACAUGUGGACAUCGCUCAACGUAUCCUCGCGCUUGGAAGCAGCGGAGGCUGGUCUCGCUAAACUGAGCUCGCUCGUUCAGGAUCUGAUAUCAGAAAACGCUGCUCUUCAGGAGCGACUUGACGCUUCGCCGUCUGUAGCUCCGUCAACAAUGGCCCCGAGGGUUUCAAUAGCACCAGUGCCAGUGGUGUCCACAAUAGCUCCACCAACUGCUGCCCCAUCAUCCGUUGCCCCACCAACAGCCGCUCCGUCUAUGGCGGGCCAGCCAUCCUUUGAUACAUUAGCGACCAAGGAAGAUUUAAAACACCUACAGGCUUAUUUAGAAAGAAUCCGUUCAGAUCUUGACAACGUCACUAACACUCUAUACAGCGCAAUGGCCGACAUGCAGGCGGGACUGGGCGAAGAGGCUCCUCGACCUCCUACUCCUCCUCCGACCACCGUGGUCUCUACGACCGAACCACCCCCACCACCAGCUCCGAAAUCAGUACCAUCUAUAGCGGGACGAAGGAAAUCUGAUUUCCCACGUCAGUCUUUCUCACAAAUAACUGGCAGUCUGAUGGAGAGAAUUAAUGAUUUAGAAAAACGCAUUAACAUCUGCUGUCAGGAUAUAGGAAAAAAUGAUGGAGUUCUUCAAGAUCAGAUCAACUCGUUCCAAGAUCAAUUGGACUUCCUGCACAAAGAAGUGGGACAACUGCGAAGCGUGCAAUCAGAAGCAUUGUCACCAGAUCUUGUUAAAGAUUUGCAAGGCUAG